GAUGCCCGUUCUGGGAAUACGCGACGAGCAUCAGGUUCCAGGAGAACUGAUUCGGCCGCGCGAUCGCGUCGAAUGCCGCUCGCGCUUCCUCCAGGCAUCCGCACCGGCCGUAUGCCUGCACGAUGAGGUUGGCCAGGUACCGGCUCUGGCAGUGCCGAUUGCUGCUGGCGAUGAGCUUGUGGAGAUUUCUCGCGGCAGCGGCAUCGGCGCAGCAUUUGAGGCGCUCGGCGAGAUCGUCUUCUUCGCAUCGCGCUCUGGAUCGAUCGAGAAGAGGCGCUUGCAUGGUAGUAGCUAGGGUUUAUCGCGGAAUGGGGGAAAUAUUGCGCUGUGGUUUUCGGAUGCCCGUCAAGGAUUUGCCCGUCGCGCAUUGCGAGGGCCAGCGAGAUUUCAAGAAUGCCAGCGCUGUGUUCCACAAGAAAAUGGAGGUUGCGGGAGUGAGCUGCCGCGAUCGCGUCGCCAUUGCAGUUUCGGGAGGAGCUGAUAGCAUGGCCUUGUGCUUGCUCGCUCUCGAGUGGACAGAAUCCAAAAGUCUAGUGUUUGGCCUCACGGUGGACCAUGGAUUUCGUCGCGAGAGCGCCGAGGAAGUCGUCCAAGUCCGGGAGUGGCUAAGAACGAUUGGAAUGGAGUGCGAGAUUCUCAAGUGUUCUUGGCAAGGAGGAUUUCCUUCUCCUGGCCAUCUCCAGGAAAGCGCUCGCAAAGCAAGAUACGAACUUCUCCAAGAGGCAUGCCAAAGAAACGGUGCUGGAGUUCUUCUUACUGCUCACCAUGCCGAUGAUCAGGCGGAGUUAUUUGCGCUAAGGCUUUCGCGCUGUAGUGGAGAUAAUGGUCUGGCUUGUAUGGCUUUAGCUUCUGAGCUCUUUCCUAUCGUGCCAUCGAUUAUCGAGGCUAGCAGGCUGCUACUUGUCAGGCCACUCUUGGACCUCCAAAAGAAGGAUCUUUACAAUGUCUGUCACGUUGCUGGCCAGUCCUGGAUUGAGGAUCCCACAAACUGCAAAACGAUCUAUGCUCGUAACAAAAUCCGAAAGGAGCUCGUUUCUCUGUCAGAUUCAAUGCGGAGCGAAGUUCAAGAUCUUAUUGCUACAUACCGCAAAAAACGUUCCGAGAUUCAAGUGCAAACCAAGAUGCUCAUGACUACAUUCGUGCACAUCGAUCUGGGCUAUGGCUAUGCUGUCGUCGAUGUGGAGGGACUUUUGGCAGAAACCAAUGAUACAACCGUUCUUGAAACGCUACUGGCUUCAGUGUUACGGUUCGUUUCACAAAGACCAAAACCUGCUAAAGGGACGGCUGUUCGAAGAGCCAGAGCCUGGAUUACCAAGCGUGGUACCGAGGGUCGUCUGACGGUAGCUGGUUGUUCUUUAUGUUUACAACCAGGGACACAGGCCUCCAAGGUCCUUGUGACGUACUCCCCUGAUUCUCCACGACCUGGUUCUAUUGGCUCGAGACAACAGAACGAGCCUGCUUCCUCGACAAAGAAAGAAACUAUCGCAUGCCGGAAAUAUGCCAAUGUUAUUCAUGACGCGAGGCAAGCGAAGAUUAUAUCAGAUGCUACAGCAAGUUUUCUAUGUCUACUGGCGGAGGAAAUGGCAGCUGACAUGUUGCCCAAGGCUCGAGAGGAAGUGCAAGAGGAUCCGGAGGUAGCUAGUCAAGAACCCGACGAGAGUCUACUAUUUCCGAACGAGAACACGUACUAUAUGAAGAGAUAUCUUAUAUCGUGGUGGCAACGAAGCGAUGAUCGUAGCUGCAAAGGCUGUUUCAAUGGCACCUGUUCGCUGAGGACUGCAAAGUUUGCAAAAAUUCGGGAUUUCAAGAGAAACGAUCUUCACGCAAUCCGACAACGUGCUCUAAAUGACGGGACAUUGCGCACUGACAUACACGGCGCCUGGAGGAAGCUCAAGUCCCUUCCGGAAUACGUUCGAAGGGGCCUUCCCGUUUUGAUCACGAAGGACAACGAGCUUUUCGCAGUUCCGUGUGUUGGCUUUCAGAUCUGUCCCGACACUAGGAUGUUCAUAAAGUUCUGCCCGAUGGUUCCACUUGAUGGAGGCCACGCGUUGUGCCUUGUGGACGUCGUCAGAAAAUGUCUCCAUUCAAAUACAUCACGUGCCUGGCAUUGGUUUUCAUUUGAAGCAGAACCAAGCUGCAAGAUUCAUCACCCGCAGCUAUGAGCAACACUGAUCCGUAUUAUGGUGCACCCGGCAGUCCGUUGGAUCUCAUCCCGGAAGCUCCUUGGGCCUUGCCACGGAGAAGUGAUGCUAGUGUUUGCCAGUUUGUCACUGGUAGCAGCGG